AUGUUUCUUCGUCUUCCUCCUCUCCUGUCAAGCCCAUCGGCUGCACACGGCGCUGCGCGCCGUGCCUGGCUCGAAACAGACAUCCUCGAGGAAGAGGAGCUUGUUCGUGCGCUGCAACCCACGUCCGUUCUAUAUCGUCCAACCAGCAACUUGGCCUCGGGCGUGCUCCUUCAGCGUGAGCUGUUUUGUGGCUGGAUGCUUCCGGGAACUCCAGAUUGCCCUGCCUUUGUGCAUGAUGAGGUGCUGGCGUUUGCAGAGAGGACAGUUUCCCACACGCAGUGCAGCGACAAGCUCACUGUUGUGCCCGGGUCGUUGCUAGCCCGCGUGACGGUCGACUUGUACGCGACAGGCACCGACGUCUACGUUCGCAGCUUUCGUGCACAGACGACAGCGGCUGUGUCUUGCUCUGCGGUGACCUCAGGACCUUCCGCACUGGCCGUAUCCCUUACCGUGACGUCUCCAAACAUGCUCGACAGCCUCUGGCCUCACGAUUUCUUCUCCAACAUCCACUUGGCAACCCUCCCCCUACAGCUCGUUCAGGCCUUGAAAACGCACAUCUCUGGAACUGUUCGUGGAACGCUUGGCUUGGGCACCGACGUGUCAUCAACGCCGCCAUCCGUGACCACGUUUCUCGAUGGAGACGUGUUUGAGACAUUUGAGAUGCGUGGCACGCCACUCUCUGAUGUCCUGUUCACGUCUGUGUCGGAAGCCGUCACGUUUCUGCAGCCAGUUGUGGACAAGCUGCACCAGGAGUUGCAAACGCACAUUCCAGCCAUCGAUGCUGCUGUGGCCGAGGUCCUACCGCCACCACACCUGUCAGCCCUCGUCACAGCCUUUAUGAAGGAUGCCCUACAUCCCACGGCUCUGAACUUCUGGCUGUGGUUCAAGCAUCAGCGGCCGGAAGGAUCUGUCCUGGUCGAAAUUCUGACUUCAGGCAGGAGUAAGCGCGCGACCUCCGUAUCCGGCGCUCCGGCCGAGGUUGCCCUGGGUGUCAGGCUUGGUCACGCAGGUGUUGGCGUCCCGGGUACAGCGGCAGCGCUGCAGCCGAUUCUGGCCGCCGUUAACAGCGUCAUCCAGGCGCUUCCAUCGUCAGCGGCAGGAUGCCUCCGCAUUGACACAUGGUCCCCGAAGCCACUGCAAGUGAGCGAUAUCGAGGGCGCGAGCCUAGACUACAUGGUGCGUGCUCGCACAUUGUUUCCAGUGGCUCCCAUCAGCAACAGCACGACUGUGGACAGCGAAGUUGCCGUCGCAGGCGCAUGCUCGCUGAGUGGAAUGUUGGGCUUGAAGGAUGCAAUCAUUGGCGGUGUCGGCAUGCUGGCUACAUAUGACCUGGCGUCUCAGACCGUUGCCUUGCACUUUAACACGACGCACGACUUGGCCGACGCGCAGCUGCUGUCUGUGCCCCCAUCAACUCCCGACAGUUUGCAGAAGCAGAGGUGUCUCAGCGCAUUCCAACCGUUUUUUUGGCCCCGCCCCAGUGCCGCAGAUGCCGUCAAUGAUGCGCUCAAGCAGGCGGUGGCAAGCAUCGACACAUUCCCUCUAACACUCACUCGCUGGCCCAUCGUCCCCAUCACCGGAGACGUGGUUGCGCGUCUUCGCGCAGCCCUGAACACUUACGACGAUGAUCCUCCUGAGAUCUUCCUUCCUGCCCUCGAAAAUGCCAUUGCGGGUGCGUCACACCCCUCGCAAGGACACUUCGUUUCUGCUUCGGCCACUGCAGCCCAAGAAGACCCUGGCGCGUGUGACAUUUGGGUGCAAUUGUCCACAACGCACAACAUAUCUGUGACGAACCAUCAGUCCCCGUGGAAGUGGCUACUGGACGCCAACAGGCUUUCGGCUGAACUAACGCUUGUGGGCAGCUUCCACAUCCGUCUUCAGGACGGGUCGGCUAGUUUGGUUUCGUUUCACCUCGGCGGCACCUCAAAGAGGCACAAUUUCGUGCUGCCCUCACUCUUGUCCAUGCAAUCAGGCAUCCCUUUGUCUUCUUCAUUCGUUGCGGACGUCAAUUUGCCUGAUAGCAUACGCACUGAGCUCAAACUAAAGGUGCACACCACCUGGGGUGCAACGCCGGAGUUCGUCAUUGGUGCCACCCAUACCAGCUCAGAGAAGUCCUCCGGCACAACAACGUUCCAUAUUCGCGACAACCCUGUGGAGCAGGCAGUGAGCCCGAGCAACGUCCUCACGGUCCUGAAGAACGGGUUGCUCAACAUGAUUCCGAGGGCCCUCUCAGGCUCUCUCAAGUUCAAGGUGUACCCUUACCAACACACCCUUGACGAGGUUGGUGACCUCGAGCACAUCAUCAAAGAUGCGGCGUCUCUGCUCACCAUCCCCAGUGACCCAAACCCCUCGUUGGCAACCUCGCCUUCCUGCCUUGCUGUCAUGGAAAAGGAGCCACCUGUGACGCUCAACGUCGUGCUGUUCGACUCUCACAACAAACCGACGCCCUGCAAGCUCUCACCUCUCGACUACACCAGCUGGAAGACCUUCGAAUCAUCCUUCAACGCUGCGUUACAGCAGUGCGGGCUUUCACAUUGGCUCAAGUUCGAUGUGCUUCAAGACACAAUUGGCGCCACCCACACAGGCGGGAAGCCUUGUGCAACGUGGGAGCUUCGUCCUGCAGUUCCAGGUGCUCUCACUUUUGUGUCCGUGAACUCCACACCAGCAAGGCAGAACCUGACCGUGCAAACCACGCAGAACGCGGCCAAGAUACCCUUGUUUGGGCUCUAUGAAGAUUUUGUCGCCAUUGUCCAUGGCAUCUUCAUGCAGCAAUUGCCCCGCCCCAAACUGAACACCUUGACCAUUCCUGCCAAGGAUGCGGGCAUUCCUGAGGAGUUUGCAGCGGUGUACCCUGCGGAGCUGACCGCCGUGGGGUUCAAGUUCUUCACCGCGUACAACAAGAGCGUCACGACGACCACCCCAAUCGACGACAGCAUUUCGGCGGCGCAUGGACUGUUGAAAGCUUUUGUGCGCAACGGCAGCGCGUCUGCCGCCAUCGAGGCCAGCAUCAGCGCUGCCCUUGCAUUUGCGUUUGACUGCCCCCCUCCCAAGCAAGGCUUGAACGUGACGGUGUGGUCGUCGCUCAACAGCUCGCAGACAAUUGACAAGGUGACAGUGCCAGCAACACCGAAAAACACGUUGCAGGUCAUCGUCGGCGGACAGCUCCGCUCUCCACCAUCUCCUGUUGUUUCCAGCUCGGCACAAAACUCCAGCAUUGUCGUCAAGCGCGUUCAACAGACAUUUCUGGUGAUCACGGUUCUUACGCCGGCCCCCAUGAUCAGUGAGGUUGAUUUGCACGCAGAGGCGCAUUUUGAGGCUGGUGCACAAGAAGUCGAAGCUGACGUGUCCAUCAUCGACGUCAAGGCCAGAGACAUUAAAGGCAGCACAGACGUAACGAUCGACAUCGCGCUGCUUCCACCACCGACAUCCGCCCACAGCGACGCGUUUUCGCAUGAGGCUCAGCAGGCAGGCGCUCCGUGUUCGUCUGCUACUCUUUCGCAUGAGCUUGCGCGCAGCGACGUGUUGCACCAGCCUGCAGCGCGCAGCCCCUGUCCACACCAACCUGGACAGCUGCACUACUCCGACCUUUCAACCAUUAAUCACGCUCUGCGGCAGCCUGAUUCGUUCUACUCUUUCUUCGUGGCCACGGUCGACCUGAACACGCACUUUCAGCUGGAGAACAUCUCCAUUGGCGUCGAUCAUCUUGCGGUGGUGACGACAGGCGCUGGUAUUGAUCUCACGAUGAAGGACAACUUCACCCUUCAUGCUGGCUUCAACGUGCAUGACAUGGUCAACCAAUUUAAAUUUCACCUCGCGUUCCAUGGGAAGGAGAGCUUUGUCAGGGCGAUGAACCAAGCCUUGUCCAUCAACUCAUCGAGUUUGUGCUGGUUUGCUGAGCAGCUACUCGAGCCUUCAAAGUCAGUCCAUCGGAGCCAAGUCGGUGUCCACCCUCUGCCUUUUGCGAGCAAGGCCAUUAAGGACUGGCUUGGGCCAUACACUGAUGCCGCUGAGAAGGCAGUUGAAGCUGUGUGCAAUGGGGGUGCGCGAGCCGAUAUUGCUGUGCUUUGCGAGGUGCUGCAAGAGUCCUUCGGGCACCCAGUGUGCACGCACAGCGCCCUUCACGAGGAUAAACUUGUGCUCCGCAUCCAAGUUGACUUGGUCAACUCUUCAGCCAGGGACUCAUUCAAGUAUGACUCCGUGCUGUUUGAGCCUGUGAAAGACAAGCCGGAGUUGUCCAUUGGCGAAUCAGCGUCUGGGACCCUUGUGUCAGCCGCCUCCGUUGUUGGUACCGCCACACUCGUCAUCGAUCUUUCUGGCACCGUGCCGAUCCCCUCUGUCCGCAGCGCCAACUUGACAAUGGCUGUCUCGGUCAAUGGCCAAGGCACCAUCAAGGUCUGGUUUGGGCCUAUGCCUGUGCCUUUCUCUGAUGUGCAGUUGAAGAUUGGCGACCCCGUCACUCUGAGCAUUGAGUUUGGAGAAGAUGCCGGUAGCGAUGCGUCGUUCAGCCUACCUUCGCAACCAUCGCCGACUUCGUCCGCAUCUGAGACUGCGCUGAGUUCCACAACCUCAGGAACGCCAGUGGGCGCUGGGAUCACGCUCCACGGCAAAGCUUCUCUGACAGCCAAGGUGAACAUCCCCUUCACUCACCCCUGCCACCUUGAUGUGGAGAUUCCCAAGAUUGCAGCGUUUCUUCUGGACCCGUCUUCUGACACGUUCCACUUCAGUACUCCGGGCUGUCCAGAUGGUCUGUUGAGCAGUCUCUUGCGCGCUCUGCCCCAAUUUGGAUUCCAGCAUGCAUUGCAAGACUUUGGGCGAUUGGUUGCUCAGUGGGAGCGUGAGUGGGAGGAGUUCCUUCGCUCAAAGCUUGGGCUAGGCGGCUUGCUGGACGGACUUCACAUUCCGUUGCUUGACGGCAAGUGGUGGACGCACCACCUCCACGUCCAUCUCGGCGACAUCUUUGGGCCUGGCUUCUUCAAACGCCUUCUUGCAUUCCUUCAGCCAAAGCUCCAAAGCCUAAACCUGAGCGGUAUCGGGGCCAAGAUUAAGGACAUUGAAGAGAAGGUGCUGCACUGGUUCACAGAGGCAAUUCACCUCCUCCUUCAUCCGUGGCUGAUACACUGGCCCAAGGUCCCGGACGUGGCUGACAAAACGUACAAGUGGAACCUCGACCUGCACGGAACGCUGAAACAAAAGCCCGAUAAGCUUGCGUUUGACCUCGGCUCUCACGGCAUCGCCAACCUCGACUUCAACUGUGAAGAGGAAGCCCAGUUUUACUGGCAUGUGAACGUCACCGUGACCUGGUCACCGCAAAAGGGUAUUCGCUUCCUGUUCAACGGCAACCCAGCGCUGGAGCUAAAACUUGAGCUGGACGUUCCAAAGUGCGAUCUCAUUGGCAGCUUCUUGAUUGCUGGCAUCGACAUUGGGGCAAACGCACUUGCCAAGGCGGAGAUUGUUGUGACGCCGCCAAAGUUCAGCAAAACUCACGCUUGGGACUUUGAGUUGGACGCUGAUGGCAAGCUUGAAGGUGACGCCAUCCUUGGUUUUGCGGGAAUUUUCGACCAGCUACUCCACAAGGACACGCAGGACACAAUUCAAGCGCUACCAAACUUCCACUCCCACCUAAAUUGCAGCUUCCAAUGCUCGAUCAAGGGCUGCAGUAACGCACCGCGCUGCCAUUUUGGCCGCCCGCGUUUGUGUGUGGGGCAGCUGUUGACGUAUUUGCUGCACAACACCCUGAGUUUCACCAGGGCACAAUACUUCCAGAACGUGGAGAGGGUAGUCGACUUUCUCGAGCAGAAAGUUGACCUCUCGCCUGUCUUACCGCCCCAAGCCCUCAUAGACUUGCUGCACCAGGUUGCUGACGCGUUUUGCCAUGGCAAGUGUGAUUUUGAUGGAGUGUUUGAAACCGUCGAAAAAGUUGCCGCCGUCUUGAAGCUGAUCGAGCGCUUACAAGCGCUUGCGGAGCACUUGGCUGACCCCACAUGUUCGAAGACCACCCACGAGAUGCAGGAGUUCAUCCUCGACUUUAGCAAGCCCGACCUGGCGCCAGAGCCACAUGGCCCAUCGUACCCGCCCAACCAGCUGAACACAAACGGCCUUGCCGCGGAGCACGCAAAGUCGGUGCAGGAGAUUUGGAACAGCAUCACCGUGGAAGGCUCGUUCAACGUCAAGCUUUUGUUCUUGGAGCAUCCACUGGAAGACCUGCUGAAAAUGUUGCUCGGACUCAAUGUGCCGCUUGUGGAAGUGACCUUCCCCGAGCUCAUCAUUGACAUUGGCACGUCGUGGAUGGUGGGGCCAGUGUGGUUUGUACCUUCCGUGUACGUGGAACUGGAUAUUGGAGCCGUCGUUGUUCUGCAAGUGCCACCGAUGGUGAUGACGAACAAGUUUGUCAUCACAAUCUUUCAGACAAGGAAGAUUGGCCCAGCCAUGCGGAGCCUCAGCCUUCGGGUGACUGACCAGAAAACUCACGCUGCCUUGCCAGUGCUUCGAGCCUCUGUCACUGUGGGCGGCCAUGUUGGCAUUGGCGUGAGCAUUGGUGUGGUGGGCUUCUACGGCGACUUGUACGUUGGCCUAACGGUGAGCGGCACGCUCAGCAUUCCCAACGUGCAUGGGACUGGGCUCGUGUCCAUUGGCGACGUGCUCCACCUCGUUCGCCUCAACGGCAACGUGUUCGAUGCCACAGUGCGAACGUACAGGCUCGUCAUCACCCUUGGCUUUGGAAUUCGCGGCUGCGUGAGCCUGUGGUUGAAGUCCUGGUGCUUCACCGUUGUCAGCAUUCAAACCCACUUUGUGCCCUGGCAAGAAACCAGCAAUCCCCGCAUCUUCACGAGCCCAGGCUCUGGAUCUGGCCUCAUCAAUCUCAACGCAGCCCAACCGGAGGUGUCCUCAAGUGACACUAGCCUGAGCUGCUCUGGCGAAUGCGAGCGCGUGCCCACAUUUACUCUAACACAGGCAAACAACGAAGUUGAUGUCAGUGUGAAAACCACUACCGACGGGACACGAGAUCCCCCGCGUUCCAUCUCCAUGCCUGCACAAGGGGAUUGCCUCAGAUUUUCUGGCAGCACAGGAGGGUCAGAGUUUGUGGUGCGAGUCAUUGGCGUGUUUCGCUGCGUACGGCUGCCUGGCGCCGCAAACAUGGCCGUUAUCGUGUCCAUGGACGCAUAUUCACCUGGGAGCCCAGCAUCACACGCGGCAACGACGUUGCACACGCCACAAACAGGCCUGACCGGGGACCGCACGCUGACGGUACGCAGCCUGAAGCGAAACAGCACUGCCGGCUCACGACCCUCGGUCCACCUGACCCCCACCGCUCUGGUGGCUGGCGGUGCUGCAGGCUUGUACUUUGGAGGCGACGGUGUGCCGCCUUGUCGCUCCCUGAACCUGACACGUGCACUGUCCACUGCUCAUGUGGAAUUAACCGGAACACCAUGCCCAACACACGUCAGCGUGAGCCCCUCGCAGGACGUGCGCUUGACAGGAACACCGGGCGACUUUGAUCUUGUGCUUGUGGGAAAGGCAGGCAACCUCACUGUUGACAUGAACGUGACACAAUUGGUGCUGAGGAACAGGUCCGUCGAACUUGACGGCACGGCCAUCGCUUUCACGCAACCACCGUUUUACCUAACAACACGCGCGCAUCCGACGGGCAACGCCAUGACCACGGUGGCGGUUGUGGCACCCUCAGCAGUUGUCACGUGCAUCGGGGGACAAGGGAACAACACCUUCGUCGUGCCAGAUCCUGCUCAGAUCGAAGGUGCGCUGCAGAUUCAGGGCGCACUCACGGAUUCCUCGAACCUGCUGCGCGUGCACAAUGAAAUUCAAUCAGGCAGCGGGUCAUUGACGUUGACCCCGACAUCGCUGAGCUUAAACAACAGCCUUGGGUUCCACCACUUUGGUGUGACAAACAUGGACUUCUUUGACAUUCGGGUGCUCACGGCACGGGGAGCUUCGGUCCAGACAACUGUACUUGGUCCGGACCGCUUCACUGUUGUGAACCUGCACUCCGUCACAGAAACAGGAGCAACUGCGGUUCAUCGGCUGACGGGCUGCGUGGAUGGUACGGUCGGCAUUAAGAUCACACUUGACGGCAGCGGCAACCAGCAGGUCCUUGUUGGCUCGGGUAGUUUGGAAAACUUUAACUGCUUCGCCACCAUUGCCGGGUCCACGAGGAAAGACAGGAACUAUACCAUCAUCGUGGAUGCCGGGCAAGACAACCGCGACUUGCGCUGGUGGUUUGGGAAUGGCGAUCUCCACGUGAGGUCCACACAAGCCGACAGCACGCAACUCCAUUUGUCUUUGGAGUACAUUGACCACGUGUACGUCACGUUUGGAAAUGCAAGCAAUACGGUUCAAGUCACAGGAGCAGAUACGUACGCAGACUUUGUGUUUCAGUUCAAGGAUGAAGCAACUGCCGGCACCCUUGCCGAGUUUGGCUCGACGCCCAAUGCGGUUCUGUUGAAAGCCGUGGAUCGUGGCAUCGUGCUUGCUGGCUCCUACGACUUGUUACUGGCGGAUCCAGCUGCCACAGACUACAACCCAAUGCAGGAAAUUCAGGGCAAUGUCCUCAGCCUUGGUCCGGGAAGCAACCUGACAACACGAGUUGAACUGAAGGCGGGAAAGAACGUACCUCACGCUCAGGAGAUUGUGCUUCAUGGCACGUGCAUCUCAUCUGCAGAAGCCGGCAGCAGCAGCCCGCAGAAAGUACAAAGAUCACCCUCGUCAUGGCUGCGGAUGCAUGCAGCGGCAAGGGGCUGGGAUCCCUCCACGAACGUAUCACGAUGCCAAGUGCUUCAGCACGGCAACGCAACCCUGACAGCAUCCCUGUCACAGCUCAGCGACGCCGUGUACAUGCGUGGCUUCACCAUCCCCACGACCCUGGACCUGCUUGACGGUGAUGAUGUUUUCGAGCUGACGGACGGAGGUCAAUCCCGCUUUGAUGUGAGUGCUGGCGCCGGCUUGGACGCAUUCAAGCUGCAGUACCCAAUGUUGGGGUCGUCCCUUAACUACGGCGACGACCAGGACCCAGACACACUCGUGUUCAACACAAACGGAGGCGUGAUGGGGACUAUCAGCGUUGACCGCAUUGGCCCUGUCAACAAGCGGGGAGACCCAGUGUUUCUUGAGAUCAUCAACAACCGGCCUGAGGACAUCAACCGUGUCACGUGCGACGUUCGCAGUUUCAGCCCAUCUUCACAGCUUUCUGAGACACAGGGGAGGAGAUACUCGCCUCACCGCUCACAAUCCACGCCCUUUCCAGGCGGUAACGCGGUCACGCACGUGUCGUAUCCAUCGGAAGGACGAACCCUGCAACUGAAACCCGACACCAAUGUCACGUACGUUGUCGAUGCUUUGGGCUCAGACACAGUGCUUCAGUUUGACGGAAGGGUUUCUUCCGUUGCAGAUGCUCCCCUUACAGCCAGCGAACGACGAAGGGAGACAGAACAGCAAGGCCCAGCCCUCAGGGUUAACUGGCAAGUCAUCUGUUCUCUCGAAAGUUACAAGACGACUGGUCUUAUUCAGGUUCUGGGCACGGCUGACAGCAACGCAACUGUGGGCAUGGUUGCUCCCAAACACGGCUCUGCCCACCUUGGGUUGCGUGGAGAAGGACAAACCGUGGCCAGGCUCACCUAUGACACCAUUGUCAUGCGUGUUCAUGACACCCAGCACGUGUUGUUCAUCGCAAACUCGAGUGCUGUUGUAGACUUACAGGCGGCCCCGUUCGUGACAGACAUUGUCGUUGUUGCGGCUGCACACGCACAGGUCCUCACUGUGGGGGCGCACGCUCCCACAAAGCCACUCAUGCUCGUGAACGCUUCCAUGGACUUGGACGAGGACACUUUGUUGCAGGCGGGAAGCGUCGUUGCUGGUGGAAAGUCUUCCACGCUGGCAGCGUCGUUGCGUUCAUUCUCGAGGGCUUCCUUGCAUCGCGGCUGCUUGUCGUUGUGGAAGAACAAGACGCACACCCCGGAGACGCCGGUGAAGCUGUCACCUUGGAUGCUGGGAUGGGUUGGAAGCGCGCUACCAGCAUCGCACGCGACAAUCCUCAACGAGCGUCGCUGUUCCAUGUACUUCUCCCAGAUACGAAAUGCCACCCUCGACCGUGUCUCGCAUCUUGACUUGGAGGAUGCCCGUGGCCACGUGAGCGUCCUUAGAGCAGUGAGCGUUGCGACCUUCAAUGUUUCAGACGGCACGGCCUUUUCUCAACUUGGUUUGCUGCCCGACGCUUUAAACGUCGACAUUGACGAGGAUGGCGGGUACAUGGUGGCAUUUGACGAGGGUCGCGGUGACACAUCGCAUGAGGGCACCCAGCUUCGGCAGGUCACGCUGUGGCAGCCCAAGUUCUCGCACCCACAUGCAUCCAUCAAGGCAACCGGUGCCACUUGCACUUCAGAUUCUCAGACUUACUGGGAAACCGAAUACGCAGCAGAUGCACCCGGAAGAAGCGCAGCGCUGAACUUCACCGGGCGCGGGGUGACUGCAAACUUGGAGCUGCACGAGGUCGCAGGCCAAACAUUCAUGAUCGACUUGGAAGGGGUUGCCUCAUCCGCCCUUUGCGAGCAAGGCGUUGGGGACGCCACGCUGGUGCUUGAUGGUAGUCAGCAGGUUGCAGUCAGCAAGCCCCUUCCUGAUGCGGACACAUUGCCAGUGAACGUUACGUCCAGGGCGGUGAUGAUUGGCGGCCAUGGAUCAUCACACACCACUCGCUAUGCCAUUAACCUCGGCAAUACACACACCGCCUUCAACUUUUCGUUGCACCUUCAAGCUGGCAAGGCCGAGGUUCAGUUUCAGUCUGGGUGGGCGAGUGCAUGGCCCAUCCCGUUUGGCCUGGAGGUGGGUACGGCUGCGUCCGCUGAUGUCUACAUGCCGAAGGCAAUGGGUGUCCGGUUUCCAACCCGGAGCGUUGCCGUGAGUUACAAGAGGCACACUUAUGAAGCGGAAGGGCCAGUGGUUGCCGCUGGAGAAGGCUUCUUGCUGGUCCCCGACGCUGACUGCUCUGCGACCGCGUUCGAUCAAAUCGAGAUCAACCGCAAGGACAGAUGCAAGCAGUCGGUGCACAGGAGCGCUGCAGGCCGGCAAAGUGCUGUGGCUGUGCGGUUACAGACGACACUUCCGUGUGUGUGCGAGCCACACGAGCAGCUUGACGAGGCGCGCAUCGGUGUGGGUACCGCUGCGGCUAGUCAUUCUGGCGUGAAAGACGUUGUGACGCUGCAUGUGCUGUACGCGAUUCUCUACGGCGUGUACUGCUUGAUGCUUGGCGUCCUGUGGAUGUGGAGUGCGCUUGAUGUGACACGCAACGCGAACGCUGUUUCUGCGACACGUUUGUGGCUGCGCUCAAUUGCUGGUGCAAUGUUUUACGCACCCGUUGCGCUGACCGGCUUGAUGAGCCCCAUACUCGGCAGUGGCAACAGCACGAUUGCAAGAAAGCUGUUGCUGAUUGCGUCAGAAGUUGUUACUUCCCUGUCCGGCAUCGGAGACUCGUGCAAUGGAAAUGAACGGAGUGACCGAGCGCCGCAAAUUUCCCGCGCUGCUGUUUUGGUUGCCUGGGCGAUUCUGGCUGUGACAGGCACCGCUAUUGCACGCCAUCACCGGCACGCGAUGAAUCCUAAGCUUCGACUCGUGUGGCAAGCCGUACUGGAG